AAAAGCAACGGCAACAGCAAAGUGAUACACAUGUAUCGCAGAAAGAGAGACGUGAAUGUGGGAACGUUUAAGAGAGAAAUGUAUGUAUAUGCAGCGGACAAUCGGAAUCGAACUUAUUCAUAAAACGCGUGUAGACAAGGAGUAGUUGAAGACUUGAACUAGAAUAUAAUUAUUGCCUUAAAUUUAUUUGUAAUUCGAUUCGCUUUCGAUGAACACGGUUGCGCUCCCGAUGUGAUAACGGCCAAGACAGACCGAGCAGAGUUUUUGAAACGACAAGAAAAUAUAAAACCAUCAUCACGGCACCAUCCGAUCGAAUAUCAAGUGUGUGUGACAUACACAGAUAAAAUAAAUAAAAGCAACAAGUGAUAAUCGAGUGUUAAGUGGCCGAAAAUUCGGCAAUUAUUUUAAGUGGUGAUCAAGUGACAUAAAAGUGCUAAAAUAAAUCCAAUUUCAAAGAUCUGCAAAUCUUUUGAAAUCAAGCAGAUUUAGAAGAAAAAAAAAAUUCUUUACGUGCGAAUAAAAACUCGAAAUUUAUCCUCAAACAUUAUGUGCCAAAAUAAGAGUAACUCAAACACAAAUGCCGUAUAUCCAUUCGGGUUUGUUGAUCGCAAUCAAACAAUUAUUCCAACAUACUCACGAACAAUAAAGGCUCGCAGAUCGUAUACACCAAUCGCAACAUCAGCAUCAUCACCUGAUCCAACCAGUUUCACUGCACCAAACGAAGCAACAGCAAAAAUUUCACCGCGAUUUACUCGGACAAGCCAUAGCCCAAUCAACACCCAAACAAAUUGUGAUUAUUUUCUGAACUGGGACGAAAAUAAACAAAGUGAUCUUUGUGAUAAGAAAAUAACGACAUUGAAUAUGGAUCAAAGUAGCUGUAGUCUGACAAGUUCACGGGGUCGCUUUAAUUGGAACAAUGAAAACAGAAUGGAAAGCUCACAAUUCCCCCAAAAUGAUGACGAAAAGUCGAAAAAUACUCAGCAACACAACAACAGCACACAUAACAAAUACACUCACAGACAUCGAACAGCCCAAAGAAUGGGAAAUACAAAUUGUUCUAUAGUUGUGGUGUGUUUGCUGAUAUUGGUAGUAAAUCAGGUGUCUGCCAAACCAAUUGAGAAUCAAGGAAGCCGAUCAAACAUGGAUCAUUCGCUAGAAGAAACACUACGAUCACCGUGUCGCGAAGAAAAGAUUCCGGCUCGAGAGGAUCACAACGAGUCCAAUAUCAAGGGCAUUCUUCAAGUGAUAAAACGACAGUCUGCUAUAGCAAAAAGCAUCGCCAGGCAAGACGUUGCCCAAUAUAUAUCCCUUUGCCCCUAUCCAGAUCAUCCCCAAAACAAUACCAAACAAAAGCUGAAAAUCACUGAAGACACAAGCGUCGAAGAUUUCCAUUAUAGAUGGCGAAUCAUGGAGCAAGAAUGGUUGUAUCCACGAGGUAAAUUGUCCAAAGAAUUUGGCCAAUCCGUUCCAGAAUCAGAAGGCGAACAUUUCCGUGCCCCAGCAAGAAAAUUCAAUAUUGAAGCUAUGAGAAAAUUGUUGAUUGAACGAUUGUCCAAACUGCUACAAGAUUGUGAUGAACGUUUCCAACUGUUGAUGAUCGGAUUUCAUAAUGUUCUCGACGACCACAAUACCAAGCGAUCAACAAUGGAUUUGGAGAAAUACAAUCCAUUGUAUGAGGUGUUUGCGCGUGCUAAAACCAAUGCACAAAUGGUUUUGUGCGAAAUUCGAACGGCUUUGCACAAAUUGGGCGCACCAAUCGUCGUUUUGAAUCCACAUAACAUUCGCAGCUCCAAAGCGCCAAAUUCCAGUUUCUACGAUUGGGUCAUUUUCCGGGAAUACAUCAAUCAAUUGGAGCACAUCAACGAAGUUGUCAACAUCAUUCUAGAAAAUAUCUAAAGAUAUUUGAUUUGGCGCUAUACUUUUAAAACUUUUUUUGAGCGCAAAAAUCCAAUCGAAAGCACACAUUUCGGCGAUGCACUGGUGGCACGCAUUGAAAUAGACACUUUCAAAACAAAUAUUGAACAAAGUUCAUUUAUCAUUAAUUAACGAUAAUAAUUGCCAGAAUUCCAUUGGAAGAAAAAAAAACAGACACAGACACAGAAUAAGAACAACCUACCCAACAUGAUGCUAUUAUACUUAAACUACUUAAAUGUAUUCAUAUAUAAAUUAUAUUCAUAUCAAUAUGUGUGCUCCAUGAAUGUCAAUUGCGAUAAAUAUUUAUCACUUUAGUCUAAAUUAAUUUAUAAUUUCGUUGGGUCUAACUCAAAAUCUAGAGCGCUUAACAUUAUCGAACAUCUUCAUUUUGAUUGAACCAAACAAAACAACAAUUCGAUAGCAUUUUUAUUUAUUUAUUUCAUGAUCAUGAUUGACAUUUUCGCACACAAGAGAUUUUACGUUUUAUGUUUCACUGGCAUCUUUUGUAAAUAUAACCCACAAUUCAAUAGAAUCAUUUCGAUAAAUUCAUUAAACAUUUUCCUUAUUAUUUAUAAUCAUAACGAUGUUCAAUCCAAUUUUCACACACUGGACACAACUAAGUUGAUAAAUAUUACAAACAUUAUUUAAUAAUUUAUAUUAACAAAUACAAUGAAUCCAGUGAAAUUAAACGAUAACAUAAGAGUAUUGAAAAUUAAAUUAAAUCUAUUGAAAUUUAUUUAGUGUUGAACAAAAUGAAAUCACGUUCAAAAAUGGCGUUAAAAUACUUAAGAUUUAGUCAAAUAAGUUCCAUCGACGGAAUGUUGAAUCGUUUCAAUCGUUGAGCUUAUUUGAUUCUAAAUCCAAUAUUUAUUUAAUUAGGACUAUACUUUGUGAAGAUUCACGUUAAUUUAUAAUUGCCAAAAAUUGCUUGACCUUUCAACAAUGACAAGAAAAAAAAAUUGGAAAAUUAUGAAUUCAGUCGAUGUGAUCUUGACUGUAGAAAAACACAACAAUUUAUUUCCAAAAAAUGUGGUUUUUAUUGAAAAGGUUCAAGCUGUGAUAACGAUUGCCGUACUCUAUUUUCAUGUUAACUCUUCGAAAUUUUUCCCCUCUGCUAAAAAGACUAAAAGUUCACUAAUUUCGGUAGAUUUUCAUUUUGUACAAUAGACAUAAUUAUUUAUAAAGCAAAAUGUUUGUGUUUUACUUAUUAUUAUUUCUUUUUAUAAUUUCUUGUAAUUUAUUUUAUGUACAAACUUAGAAAACUAUUAAAAAUUUAGCCCCUAAUUGAUUAAACAUA